AUGGCUCAAGACUCUAAAAUCCUCUGUGUGUUCUGGAACACCACGUUGAAGGAAUGGUCUGAAGAAGGCUGCAAGUGGAAGGAAAUGGUCAACAACAGAAGCUACUGCGAGUGCACCCACCUGACCUCCUUCUCAGUGCUCAUGUCCAAGACCCCGCCGAACCUGCCCUUUCUGGAUGAGAUCACCUACGUAGGCCUGGGCAUGUCCAUCUGCUCCCUCCUCGUCUUCCUCUUCAUCGAGGCGCUGGUGUGGUCGGCCGUUGUGAAGUCCAACCUCUCGCACUUCCGCCACACAGCCCUGGUCAACAUCUCUCUAUGCCUUUUAUUGGCCGACUGCAGUUUCCUAGCCUCGUCCUUCCCCAGCAUCUCUGCAACCUGGUGCCUCAUCCUGACCGUGACCAAGCAUUUCUUCUUCCUGGCUAUGUUCUGCUGGAUGCUAUGCCUCAGCGUCAUGCUAAUACACCAGCUCAUCUUUGUCUUCCACCCGCUGAGGAAGAGGGUGUAUCUGCUCUUUUCCACCGUCCUCGGCUACGUCUGUCCCACAGUGAUCGUGGCAGCUACCUAUGUGUACUACAAAUACACGGAAAACCCCUACUAUGACACGAAAACCUGCUGGCUCACUUACGAUGGACUUCUGAUAGGGUCCAUUCAUUCAUUUCUUCUGCCCGUCGGGACGAUUGUUUUGAUGAAUCUCUUCUCCAUGUGUGUUGUCAUCAUGACGCUCCUAAAGUCCAAUAUCCCUGAUGGGAGUAAAGCCGACGAGAACGAGACAGCCAAAAGCAUCCUGAAAGUGGUGCUCUUUUUAACACCAGUCUUUGGGAUAACAUGGGUUUUCGGAUUCUUUGUGCUCAUUGAUUUAAACCAACUAAUGGUUAAUGUGAUGCAUUAUGCUUUCACCAUCAUAAACUCCUUACAGGGCUUCUUCAUUUUGCUGACUGGAUGUUUUGCAGAGAAAAAGGUAUUUGUCGAUCAUUAG